AAACCAUAGAGAUGGCCCUGAAGGAAAACAACGGGUGUUUCGAGUCGCCUGAAAGCCCUGCGGGCCGGGGGUUUUACGCUCGCCAGCGAGUCGCAAGCUAGAGAGCUGCCCAAAAGGAUAUGAUUCCAGAAUGGAGGCUUUGCUACAAAGAAUGCAAAGGCAAGGACAAAGUGGAGGCUUUCUGACUUCAUGUGAGGCUGAACUACAGGAGCUGAUGAAGCAGAUAGACAUUAUGGUGGCUCAUAAAAGAACUGAAUGGGAAAGCCAAACACAGACACUUGAGUCCUGCUUGGAAAUUCGAGAGCAGGAGCUGUCCUCUCUUCAGAAUGUUUUGGAUGCGAAACACAAAGAGAUUGCAAGAUUGUGUCAAAGACUGGAAGAGAUGGAACAGCUCAAUCAGGAUAUGACUAUGGAAUAUGAACAACAAUUGAAGAAAGUUCAGGAAGAGCUCAUCAGGCUGAAGAGGAGCUAUGAGAAACUGCAGAAGAAACAACUGAAAGAAGUGAGACAAGCUUCCAAAAGUCUUGGGGAGGAUUCUGAGAAGUCUGAAGUAGGCAUCCUGACUAGGAAAUUAGAGGAGUUCCGCCAAAAAUCUCUAGAUUGGGAGAAACAGCGUUUGCAUUACCAGCAGCAUGUGGCAUCACUGGAGACGCAGAGGAAGGCUUUGGCUGAGCAGUCUGAGCUCAUUCAGUCUCAGCUCUGCAAUCGGAAACAAAUGUUUGAAUCUGUAGAGCUGGCAAGCCAGUCUGAAAUUCAGCAUUUAACAAGCAAACUGGAAAGAGCCAAUGACACUAUCUGUGCUAAUGAACUGGAAAUAGAGAGGUUGAAUAUGAGGGUGGAUGAUUUGACUGAUGUCAACCAGAAGAUCCUGGAGGAACAACAAAGACUUCAAGAGGAGCUGAGACUUUCCAAGAAUUCACUGCAGGUUUUACACGAAGAGAAGAUGGAACUCAGGGCCACACUUCUUUCUCAGGAGGACUUCGUAAACAGUUUAAAGAUUCAACAUGAGCAGUUGCAGAAGGAGGUAUCCAGGCUGACCACAACCUUGUACAACAAAGAAGCUGUCAUCAAGUCACUGGAAGAACGUCUGCAAAACAGUGAGGGAGCACAAGAGAUCUACCAUGAUGAGGCAGAGUUGGAACAUGUAUUUCUGAUGCUAGAUCAUGAACUUCAAAACAAAGCCAGUCUGCAAGCUGAGGAGACUCAUCUUGAGGGCAGUCUGGGAUCCACAAAUGCAAAGUGCGUGCAGCUGAAUGAAGAGCUGACUGUGAAGUCCCAUGAGCUGCAGUUAAUGGAUGAGCACCUCUGCCAUUCCAAGGCUGAGAUUAAAAGGCUGAAGGAGCAGUUGUCCCACAUAGAGCAAAGCCACAGUGCAGAGUUGGAAGGAAUGAAGCAGGAAAUCUCCCAGCUAACGCGGGAGUUACACCAACGUGAUAUCACAAUUGCCUCAGCUAAUGGUUCUUCCUUGAACUUGGAUCAGCAGCUAAGACUGGAGAUUGAAAAAGCAGAGCGAAAGGCAGUGGAGCACAGGGCUGUCCUGUCUCAAUUGGAAGCUCUCAGACAAGAAAAUCAUCAUCUUUUAGAAAAGCUACAGAAGGGGAAAAGCACACCUGUGACAGAACUCCAGGAAAGUUAUGGCAAGGCCUUAAAUAAAGUGGAGGCAGAGAACCAGCAACUACAAAAGGAACUUGCAGAAGCUCGAGUCAGACUGGAAGCCUCUUCUCGGGUCUCCCAGGACAAAUAUGAGAGUGUUUUGCAGCAUUUGCAGCAACAAGUGACUGAGAUCAAGAAUACAGAGGCCAGGAGAUUGGAGGAGUUGCAGUGCAAGCAUGAGGAAGAAAUGAGAGCCCUCCAGGUUAGGUUUGACACAGCAGUUCAGCGCUAUGAAGAAGAAAUCCAGAAAGUGCAGAGCUCAUCAUCCAGAAUGGUUCCAGACACAUUGCCCUCUCAGAUCAGUAGGGGCACCUUGACUGAAGCCUCGUCCUGUGACCCUCACUUGGGGUCAGGUGAUACGUCAGAAAAAUGUGACCUAAGUCACGAAAGGGAAUUUUUGUCUUUGAGCCCCCUGCCUACUGCAAGCAUUGGGGUGAUUGCUACCAAGUUCCUGGAAGAAGAGGAAGUACGAUCUCAGCAUAUCUUGGAAUGCUUAGAUGCCCAUAUUGAGGAACUGAAAAGGGAAAGUGAAAAGACAGUGCAACAGUACACACACCAGCAGUGACAUGGCUUCAUGGUGUAUUGACUGGUGAGAGCUGGCUUAAUUCAAGACACAUCCGGCUGUGGGUAGAAGUGUCUACCAUCCAUACAACUGUUAUUGGGCUGUUGAGCAGUGGUAAAACCAAGAAAAUUAGUUUUAUCUGAAGCAAAACACCUUGUUUGAUCAUAGUAACUGAACUUGCAGAAUACUUUCUAGCUGCUGUAUUGUGUCCUGUUGCCCUGCAGUAUACAGUGACAUGAAGUGCAACGUGUGGCUCCCCAAAGGAAAGAGCUGUGUAACAGACUCUGUGGAAUUUAAAAUUAUUUUAUGUAUAUAUUUGAAGAAAUAAAAUUAGAAAUACCUUA